AUUAAACCGUCCAUCUAGUUUCCGAACGAAGUCAUCAUUAGACGUACGCGUACACAAGAAAGUUUUUGUUGUAUUUUCACUUACAAUAGCGAAAUUGUGUGUUACAAAACGAUAUCGUCAUCAAAACAUUAUUGCUUCAUUCAUCGAGUUCAUUUUAAAGCAAAGCUUUAAUUAAGUGUCGUAUUGUAAUAUUGUAACAUUUUAAGAUCAUUCGAUCUCGGUCAGAAAGUUACAUCCCAUCCUAAGUUGGAAAGUCUCAACAAGGCCGUUUCAUACAGCUUUUCUACCGUGGGACCGUUCGAGAAACCCGUACAAUGGCGUAAACGCAAAUUAGAAAAUCGGCUAAACAAUUGGCGCGCAAAAACUCCGCCAUCUUGAGGAAUAAAAUGUGACGCAACGCCAUCUAGCGGUUGAUUGGUGAACUAAGUGAAAGUGAAGAUGAAGUUGAACUUGUUCAAGCGGUCGAUGAUUUUCGCGACCUUUUUCGGGUCGUGUUUGUGUAUAGCGCUGAUAGUGGCGUCUUUGGGGACGACGCAUUGGAUAGAUGCGAGGGCGAGGAGGACGUCGAAUCCUCUGGAUUCUGAGGGGAGGAUCAGCUUCGGGCUGUUUGAGGGGCAUAAGGAGCUCAACUUCGGAUAUGGGUGGAGGAGUCAUAAUUUUAGUGUAAAAGCGGGCACUCACCCGGCACGGCGCUGGGCUUGGAUGGGCACAGCGGCUCAGCUAGCGGCAGCACUCGUAUCAUGUGGCGGCGCCUGCGUACUGGCCGCUUUAGGGUCUGCGGCGCGCACGCGGGCUAUGCCGCGCCCGCUCAUCAUUAGCAACUCGCUGGCAGUACUCUUCACCCUCGGCGCUAUUGCAGUAUGGCUGACGGAGUACUACCUACGGUUGCAGCACAAUGUGAUGUCAGACGAGGACCUGGCUAACACCUGGAGCUCUGACGGUACAGCUGACCUGGGGUUAUCCUUCUGGCUCGUGGUCGCCGCGUCCAUAUCGGCGUUUGUGAACAACGUUUGCAUCAUGGUCGCCAUGGCCGACGAGCGAGACGCAGAUACCAUAGCUCCCGCUCUAGAGGAGAAGGUCAACGGGGCUAUCAUGCUAUAUUAACCCGCUGGUGUCGACUGCCGAGAGAAAUGAACAGGAACCAAUCCGUCCAUUGAAACCACACAAAUAAUGUUGGUAUACAAAACGUUUGCUUUAAAAUGAUCACUAAAACUAGCUCAAAACAUCAAACUCCAUUAAUGUAAGCUGUUCGUUGAGUUAAUGUAAGUUUUAGCAAAGAGAAUUUAAAAUAGAGAGUUACUGUCAUGGUAAAUUAUGUAGCUACAGUACAUUUAGGUGCUGCCAUCUUUCGACAGAAGAUUAAAACUGUUAGAACGCCAUUUGACUUUGAUCAUUAUCCUUUCACUGAUAUCAGUGUGUAUCACAUAUGUGUUAACUUGUUAAAUAUUAAUAUUAACGCCAUCUACUCGAGAGUACAGUCACCUGCAAUAUUAUGUUA